GCUAGCACUGCGUGUGUUGUGUAUCAGAAUUGAGAAGAGAGUGGGUUGGGAAUGGGAAGGAAGAAGGGGUAUGUUGAGUUCGAUGAAUCGCCGCCGGACGAUUUCGAUCCGGCGAAUCCGUACAAGGACCCGGUGGCGUUUUUGGAGAUGAGGGAGCACAUCGUGAGGGAGAAGUGGAUCCAAAUAGAGAAGGCUAAGAUUAUCAGGGACAAGCUUCGAUGGUGCUACCGCAUAGAGGGUGUCAACCACCUUCAGAAGUGUCGCCACCUCGUCAACCAGUACCUCGAAUCCACUCGUGGCAUUGGUUGGGGCAAGGAUGCUCGUCAUCCCUCUCUCCACGCUCCAAAGGUUGAGGCAGUUGAGUCUGAAUGACUGUCGUGUGGAUAAUAAAAGGGGAAGAUUGAUUAACCAACUGGUCAUAUUGCUGAAAUCAGAUACUAGGUGGUGGCGUGCCUGUGUUGCAGUUAUUGUGUUCUUGUUCUUAUUUCUUACUCAAACUUCAUGUGAACUACAACCUUAUUUUGGCCUGGCCUCGGCUAUUUUUGCUUGGCUUAUUAGGCUUCUAAUGCUUGUUAGCAUUUAAAUGUAAACAAAUAUGGAAAGGCUGUGAGGAGAAGCACAGCAGAUUAUGAAAUAAGAUUCUCUCUUUCCCUUUUAUGUGUGCUUGAUUAAUAAUAUACAAUGGUAUGUAUCUUCCAGUCCAUUCCUA